CUGGAAAGAAAAAUGUAUCAAGAACAUAGAUACCAGUUUCGGACCGCUUUCGAUGCGAUGCCAAAUAAAGAUCGAGGACUGGUAAUCUUGGAAGAACUAGCUCGAUGGAAAAUUAUUUACAACAGUAUUGAUCGUGACUCGAUCCGCGUAUACAGCAGAAAGAAGAGAAAAAGUUGGAAACAAUAAGUGUUUUGCAACGUCGAGAGGGAGUGACAGCAAAAUUAUACUCGAUUUAUCGAUACACGAACAUGAGACAAUUCGGUAAAUAUUUCUUCAGUCUUUGAGAAAAUAGUGAUGCAAUUAAAUAAGAAUAUAUUUUCAGUUUUUCAUGUAUAAUUAUAUAUCUUUGCUGAUAGUAUAUAUAAUAAAUUUUGAUCGAAUAAGAUAAGCUCCAUUUUCAUGCUUCAAGAUCGUUUAUUCAAAUAUAUAAUUUUAUUUUACUUAUUUUAAUUUAUCUCAAUUUUUUUGUGUCUCGAAAUGAGAAAAAUAAAUAAUCGGUCCUUUGCCCCAGCGAUUGCCAUUAUCAUCCUGGAUGUUUCGCUGAGGAUUAAUGGAUUGUACACAAUUGUCGAAUGCCCAGUGGAAUUUCGAAGAGACGACGCAGAAUACGGCGAUCCGAAGCUGCAAAUAAGCUGCACAAUGCAACUCUUAUGUCCACUGUUAACAGAAGACUCGACGAAUUACGAGAACCGCGUUCGGGGUUAUCAGGUACACGAAUACAAUCUUGUCGCCACGACGAUGUGCGAGAUGAAGCUCAAGAUUAACAUCGUGAAAAAUCUGAGCGUGAUCGAGACGGAAGAGAAAAAUCCAUGUACCGAUCUCGCUCAUCACGAACAUCAGGUGUUGCUAUCCCAUUCUACUAACUGCAGCUUAUUCUAUAAAUGCGACUGGGGCGUGCCAAUGUUGUUCGAGUGCCCGGAGGGAUUGCACUUCAAUCCCGUUCUUCAGGUGUGCGACUGGCCCUGGCAGGCAGACUGCGACUCAUCCUGGAUCGGUUGCCCGCGACCGUUUCCACGAUGCCCGUCACAUUAUCCGGGCUUAAUACUGCCGCAUCCCUUUCUGUGCGAUCGUUUCUAUCAGUGCGAUUGGGGAACGCCGCGAUUACAGACCUGCCCUACCGGACUUUACUUCAAUUCACGUCUCAAGGUGUGCGACUGGUCUUACAACUCCAACUGUCAAAAUUGCUGAGAUCAUCGAAAGACGAACUUGCACAAGUUGACACAAGUUGACAACCGAAUUUUGAAAAGGAAAGGUUUUUUGAAGAUAUAUAUGCAAAUGCAUUUGUCGAGAAAUGCCACGAACGGAUACGUCCGGUCGUUUUUUCUUUUUUUUUUUUUCGUAUACAAUAACGUAUACAAUAAUGAUAUAUUAGUAAUAUGAUAUAUUAGUUCCGUCAAAUGUAUCGUAUAUAUAAUGGUAAUAUUCUAUUAUAAUGAACUUUAU